CCGGAAGAGCAUACCAAAUAGAGCGUGGUAUACGGCAAGCGCAUAUCUGCAACUGCGCGGUUUCGUCACCUACCAUCACUAUCAUGGCUCGUAAUCGUCCUCGUUCCCUCCGAGGCCUUGCUUUCAGUUCAAGGCGCAACUCGUCACCAGGACCCCCUUCACCUACUUUCUCCGAUACUACAAAUGUCUCACAAAUGAAUUUCGGCGCAAAUGGCCCAGAGAAGAUUAUAACAAGGUCCAACUUAAAAGCAAGUCUUCAGGCAUAUGAAGAACUCAUGAACUCUUCUGCAAAUUACCGUCUCGCUCUGGUCGCCAUGUCGAAAGCAACUGCAGCAUUCGCGGACGCAAUGGAGGCCUGCAGCAGCCUCAAGGGUCCAUCAUACGAGUCGGGGACGCGCUUACAAGCUGCUUCUGGUCUUCACCAUCUCAUCGGGAACCAUUGGCAUGUUCUGGCUGAAACAAUUGAUAAGAGCUUUGAGAAACCGCUGCGCCAACACUUGGAGACCUACCGUACCAUAGUGACUGAACGGUCCGCAUCAUACGAACGUGCACUGCGGGAGAAGAGUCGAGUUAUCCGGGAUACAGAAAUGCGGAAUAUGAACAGGAAAGAGCGAAGUACGAAAACCCGAUCAUGCAAGAAGAAGCCAUAACUGAGACGAGGGUUGCUUUCUAGAUUUACAGAGCUUCCGCGAGGCGUUGUCAGUUCUUCAGCAGCAGGUGGAUGAUCUCGACGACCUUA